UUCGUUCUUGAAGUAGACUGAGAAAUGGCGUGAGAUAACAGUCGACAUCGACAUCAACAUCAACAUCAACAACAACAACAACAACAUCAUAUCUACAUUUGCCCCAUUCAUUUCAAUGAAUUUAUCUACAUAUAACAUCCUCUCUUUGCAAAGUAUAACAACUACUUCCAUUUCAAAUCUUCCCAUCUCGAUUUAUUAUAUCCCACGUUUCUAUUCUCACACAGAAAACAACCUCAGGUCCAACGACAAAUACACCUUCGUAACAUUGCCCCGAUAAGAUCCUCAGACCUCGUAUUCACACUCUCGCCAACACCAUGUACGAUUCUACCAUCACAUUUACCUUUGAUACCAUUUGUCCAUGGACUUAUCUUGCCAAGAAGAGAUUGGAUGAAGCACUCCGUAUUGUUCGUUCAACAGAUGCAGUUUCGAAGGUUAAUUUCACCAUCAAGUUUUCGCCAUAUCAAUUAUAUCCCGGAGCUAGCAAAGAAGGCGAAGAUAAAUAUGCUUGGUAUCGCAAAUCCCGUUAUGGAGAUUCUGAGGACAAGAUGGAAAUGUAUAUCAAGUUGAUGACUGCAUAUGGAAAGUCCGCUGGUAUAGAUUACAAAUUUGGUGGUACAGUUGCCAAUACUCUCGAUGCUCAUCGAGUUGUUCAACACUUCCAACAAGAAGAUGUGAAAGGUGGUGGUCCGGAAACAGCGGAUAAGAUCGUCAUGGCUUUGUAUCAAAUGUAUUUCCAAGAGGAAAAACAUCCAAGUAGUGAGGAGACAUUACUUGCGGCUUGUAAAGAAGCGGGAGUGGAUGAAGGAGAAGCAAAGAAGAUCAUUGAGGAUGAAUAUGAGGGAUUGAUGGAUGUGAAGAAUUUGAUUAGAGAGGCGAAGGGGAAUGGUGUGGAUAGUGUACCGGUUGUUAGUGUUGAGGGUAAAAGGAGAGAUAUAACCUUGACUGGGGCACAGGAGGUUCAUGACUAUGUGAAGACAUUGGAGCAGAUUGUUAAGGAGAGCGAGUAAGUGGUUGAUGGAGGGAGUACUUUCGAGAAAAGUUGUGUGAUUUAUCUUUCUUGGCUAUGAAGCAAUUUAUCUAGGAUUCAGGAGAGAUAGAUGUACUGUGUGCCUCUGAUUGUCGCUCUCGUCGUUCAUUUUUGUGUUUUAUUAUUGAUAUGAUAUCGAAAAGUACCAUCG